CUCUCAGCACAACUCAGGCCCUGAGGGCACUUGAUCCGCCUGUGCCUGAUCCCAUUGUGGAAAGAAUUGGCUUUAAAUUGCCUGUGCUCAGGGAGGGGAGGCAAUCAGCCACGGGCUGGAAGGCCUGACAUCAGGUCUUGGGUGGGGGGGGGCGUGGCACCCUGAGGGUGUUGGGGGCUGGGACAAACAGGACACCUGGGUUUACCUACGGGCAGCGGAUGUUGGCGCCCUUAAGGAGGUGCAGUGUUCUGGGAGGGCCAGGGGCGGAGUCAGUCUUUAAAAGCUGUUCCCAGGGCUGGCCCGCCUGCCACAAACGCUGAGCCCAGGUGGGAGAGUUCUGGGUCAUCCGCGCCUGGCAGCUGCGGGAACUCUGGAGACCACAAAGCGGUUUAUGGUUUACCCCCUCUACGGAAGGUCGGUCUGAUCGCAGCUGCGGGUCGGGGAGAGGGACCGGGGGGGUCCCCCCAUUCAGUAGGCCUCAGAGCAGCACCUCUUCAGUGCCGGGGCAUCAGACAGCGGAUUUUGCAUUCGACUCUCCCCAAAGUGUGCCGAACUGGUUGGAAGCAAAGGCUCUAGUUUAAGCGCUGGGCUUGGGGAUAAAAUAUACUUUUUAAGGACCCAAGUUCCUCGGCAACGACUCCAGACUGGGAAGACCCCUCCAUUUUCAGGAUCGACGCUUCACGUUGAGGGGAGGGCAUUCAGGACGCCCUCUUAAGGCUUCUCCCAACCCAUGGCGCUACCGUGCUCCUCACAGGACCAGGCCUGGAGCCUGGAGCCUCCUGCUCCCACGGCUUCUGCGUCUUCAUCUUCGGGACCCCAGGAGCGGGAGGGCGCUGGGAGCCCCGCGGCCCCCGGGGCGCUGCCCCUGGAGAAGGUGAAGCGGCCCAUGAACGCGUUCAUGGUGUGGAGCUCCGCUCAGCGCCGCCAGAUGGCGCAGCAGAACCCCAAGAUGCACAACUCUGAGAUCUCCAAGCGCCUGGGCGCACAGUGGAAGCUGCUGGACGAGGACGAGAAGCGGCCCUUCGUGGAAGAGGCCAAGCGGCUCCGCGCCCGGCACCUGCGCGACUACCCCGACUACAAGUACCGCCCUCGGCGCAAGGCCAAGAGCUCGGGCGCCGGACCUUCCCGCUGCGGACAGGGAAGAGGUAGCCUGGCCGGCGGCGGCGCGAUCUGGGGGCCGGGGUACGCGACCACCCAACCUAGCAGAGGCUUUGGAUACAGACCCCCCAACUACUCGACAGCCUACCUGCCCGGCAGCUAUGGCUCUUCCCACUGCAAACUGGAGGCCCCCUCAUCGUGCUCCCUCCCUCAGAGUGACCCUAGGCUCCAGGGGGAGCUGCUGCCCCCCUAUACCCACUACCUGCCCCCUGGCUCUCCCACUCCAUACAAUCCUCCCCUUUCUGGUGCCCCCAUGCCCCUAACCCACCUCUAACUCUCGUGGACUCAGACCUCACCGGACGUGCCUCAUCCUCCUUUUUUAAUCCAGCAGCAUCCCCUACCCCAGGCUGUCAACCCUUUCUCCUGUUGGACUACAGUGCAGACGCCGCCUGCAGUCCUCCCACGAAAGCCAGGGAGAGCCGCACAACACACAGUUAUAUUUUUGGUAGUAUUAAACACAGUUUUGUAUUAGUCAA